UUGGGCGUUAUCACCAAAUCAAAACACGCUAACCAGCGUUUGGCCGCACAACGGAAUGAACGAAAAGUAUAAGCUUUGGGAAAGUGUCGGUUCAUCGUUUUCUGUUGCAUCUCUGUUCUCGCCUUCCUUCGAUUCCCACGCAAUCCUUUCCAAUUCCCAUUUUAAAGAAUCCAUUUCACAGUUGUUGUUCAUUCUUUUUCCCCUUUCCUCGCAGAUUUCCGUGAUCUGAAUCCUUUUCCCUUUUCGAUUCUCCCACCGGGAAGCAUAAUACUUUUAAGUAUUAGGCGCAUGUAAUGAAGUUGAUAGGCCUUCGUUUAAGAAUGUGUAUGGUAGCAAGAGUGGAAGAGGUGCCGACUGAAUUAAGGGUUUUUGUAUGGGCCCAUGUUAGUUACUAAUUGUGUGGGAAUUGAGUAUUUUGUAUAUAGUGGAGCAUUAGAGAAAGGAGGUUCUUUUUUUGACUACUCUGUUAGGGAGCGUUUUGGAAGUUGAUAACUCUAAAAUGGGUCAAGCACUUGGUUGCAUUCAAGUCGACCAGUCAACUAUAGCCAUCAGAGAAACAUUUGGGAAGUUUGAUGACGUACUUGAACCUGGUUGCCAUUGUCUACCUUGGUGCCUUGGAAGCCAGGUAGCUGGUUAUCUCUCUUUACGUGUCCAGCAACUUGAUGUUCGCUGUGAGACAAAGACGAAGGAUAAUGUUUUUGUCACCGUCGUUGCCUCUAUUCAAUACCGAGCCCUGGCCGACAAGGCUUCAGAUGCUUUUUAUAAGCUAAGCAAUACAAGAGAACAAAUCCAAGCUUAUGUCUUUGAUGUUAUUAGGGCAAGUGUUCCAAAGUUGGACCUUGAUUCAACUUUUGAACAGAAGAAUGAUAUUGCCAAAGCUGUGGAAGACGAACUGGAGAAGGCCAUGUCAGCUUAUGGGUAUGAGAUAGUUCAGACUCUGAUUGUGGACAUUGAGCCAGAUGUGCAUGUAAAGAGAGCCAUGAAUGAAAUCAAUGCAGCUGCGAGAAUGAGAGUUGCUGCAAAUGAGAAAGCUGAAGCAGAGAAGAUACUACAGAUUAAGAGAGCCGAAGGAGACGCCGAAUCCAAGUAUCUGGCAGGGCUCGGUAUUGCACGGCAGCGUCAAGCCAUUGUCGAUGGGCUCAGAGACAGCGUGCUAGCAUUUGCCGAAAACGUCCCUGGAACGACAUCUAAGGAUGUCAUGGACAUGGUUCUUGUGACCCAAUACUUCGACACGAUGAAAGAAAUCGGAGCAUCGUCAAAGACUAAUUCGGUUUUCAUCCCACACGGACCUGGUGCAGUUAAAGAUAUAACUUCACAGAUCAGAGAUGGUCUUCUCCAAGGAAGCCGAACUCAGUAGAUUGGUGAGGAUUGAAGAUGGGAUACAAAAGUAUAUAAAAGAUUGCAUGUGAAUAAUGGGUUUGGUGGUUGGUUUGUUUGUUUAAGCUGCAAAUUUCUGUCCUAUGUAGAUUUGUUUGAAUAAAUUUCUGUUUCUCUUAAUUGAUCUAACAAAGCGUAUUGAUAUUAUUUACCUUAUGAGUAGAUGGAAACCAUGAAGCAUAAAAGUUGCAUGA